AAAGAGGAGCAUUUGAGAACGCACUCCGACGAUCUCAGCUAGGUGCUAAGUUAAACCUCUUUCUGUUUCCGGCUGAAUUCUUCUCCUCCAUGGGAAUGUCGGUGCGGACCGGCAUGGAUGCCUUGCCAGAAAGCUGCGUUUCGAUGAUCCUUUCCUUCACGUCUCCGGCCGAGGCAUGCCGGCUCUCCCUCGUGUCCUCCACGUUCCUGUCGGCGGCCGAGUCCGACGUCCUCUGGGCGCGAUUCUUGCCGCCUAAUCACGCCGGCAUCAUCUCUGGUUCGGCUGCUCCAGUCGAGUUCUCUUCGAAGAAGGAGCUCUUCCUUCGGCUCUGCGACCGCCCUCUUCUCGUAGAUGGCGGCAGAAAGAGCUUCAAGUUGGAGAGAUCAGCCGGAACGGUGUCGUUCAUAUUAUCAGCAAGAGAGCUCUCCAUAAAGUGGAGCGAUGAUCCCACACAUUGGAUCUGGAAAACCCUGCCUGAGUCAAGCAGGUUCAAAGAGGUGGCCGAGCUUAGAACAAUCGACCGGAUAGAAAUCGAAGGGAGUAUCGAAACCAAAGCCCUAUCGCCACACACACUCUACGGGGCGCACCUUAUCUUCAAGGUCUCCGACAGCGCUUUCGGGCUCGACCUGAUGCCCUUCGAGACGUCGGUCGAGAUGGGGAACUGGGUUCGACCCGGCACGGCUCGUCUGCAAUGUCCCGACCAGAGGAAACGCUGCCUCGAGAGCUUGUUGUACGCGAACCGGUCUGAGAUGCUUAGGAAGCAUUGGGAGACGGAACGCGAUAGCCGAGGCGGUAAAGCACCGGGCGAGAGAGAGGAUGGUUGGAUGGAGGUUGAGCUUGGAGAGUUCUUCAUUGGCGAGGUUGGUGAUGGUGAUGGGGAUGGGGAUGGGGAGGUGAAGAUGAGCUUGAAGCAAGUGAAGGGCUAUCAGCUGAAGGGUGGGCUUGUGGUUGAAGGCAUUGAGGUGAGGCCCAAGAGUCCAGUCCAUUAAAUGGAGAUGGGCCUUGUGGAAUUUGUGUGGCCCAUGAAAAUGAUAAAGGAAAGAGAGGAGGCAGUUCGUGGCAUGAUGGAUGCUCAAAUUCUUUGAUUUUGUCCUUGUUUCUUUGAUUAGAAUGUAAAGUUAGCCGAAUAGAGAUUCAGUUUUUAGGCUCUGUUUGUUUCA